GGCACAGGGCAGGAUUACUAUAGAAUGUUGGCGAACUAUCUUCGCGGAGGGGGAAAAACACGUAAACUGAGUCUGCGCGACGCAGGGGAUCGCCGCCUGCGAAGUUUAUCGGCCAACACUACAGCGACAAAUCCUAGGACACGUUCGGCCUCAAUGUAGACAAACAGUUCAAGCCAUAUUUCUGAUGGAUGUUAUCUAGAAGCCCUGUUUAAUUGUGAAUGAAAACCACUGAGACCUUACACAGAGGAGAAUGUCUGGGUUUCUACCAUACCACUACAGGGGACCAGAUGGCAGUUUGACACGGUUUAAGAAAAGAAAGUCACGGUUCACGUUUCAGGAGGUUGAGCUGCUUCUCAAUGAGGUACAGAGAAAACGGCACAUUCUCGUUGGGCGGUUCAACAGGGGCAUUUCGAAGGAACUCAAACACCAUACCUGGGCUGCUCUGACGGACCGUAUCAAUGAGGUCAGCGAGUGUCACAGAGAGGUCAUCGAAGUCAUCAAAAAAUGGGCCGAUCUCAAAUGCGAUACCAAGCGGAGAGUGGCAGCCAUGAAGGCGGCGGGAGCCACGCCUGCCUAUAUUGCGCAAGAGCUUUCACCUGUGGAAGCCAUGGUGCAUCAGAUCCUUCAGAUGUCUAGCAAAAACAUGACAGCUAUGGCAACUGAUGAGCAAAUGGAUGACGACAAUGAGGAUAGUCUAGGUGUUUCUGAGAUACCACAUAGCUCCUCGGGCUUUGCAAAUGGUAUGCCUCAUUCAUUUGGCCUAGCAAUGCCACCUCCUAUCCAUACUAGGAUCCCAGGGAAAAGAGAUGUUGUGCCACCUACAGAUAUGAUGUAUAGCUAUGAUUCAGCAGUGCCGCUUACGGACUUCGAGACGGACACCUUAGAAAAGGAAGACACUAUCAUGCCAUUUAUUGAACCAGGAUGCCAAAAAGAUCAGAAUACUAUAAAUCCUCUUGGAUUCCUCAGCCAUCCCAGUGGUGAGAAAAGCAAUAUGCGAGAACAACCAAAUCACAGCACAUUCAACGGUCGUCCAGCAAUCGGUAUUGCAACCCUGACUCCACCCUCUGGAGCAUCCUCAUCACAUUCAGUUCCAGCUCCGCCUCCACCUCCUCCCCGGCCAUCUCCCACGGAUCAGCCCAGCCUACGGGAGCAUUUAGCCCAAAGUGCCUCACUCAGCCUGCAGGAGCAGCAGGCCACUACACAGCUGAUAGGGUCGCUUUCUCGCUCCCUUGAGUCCCUUGCAGAAUCAAUGCAACGUUUGGUUCAGACCCAGAAGCAGUUUUCACGUGACAGCUUACAGAUGCAGCGCAACACGCUACAUGUCCUGCGUGACUUCUCUUCCAGCGCCCUGACUCUUCUUCAAGACAAGACCAAUGGCCAUCCGUAAUCCGUGAACUACCAACAAGUUUUCUGGCCAUUUAGAACUACUACUGGUAACAGAAAGUUACAAAAAAGUUAUACGAAAAUAUUGUGAGAUUAUAAUCUAGAGUUUAUGGCAGUCCUACUUUGAAUCUUUAUGAAAGUCAGGACAGGACUGCGAAAAUUUGUAUCUAUUUAUAUGAUAACAAAAUAAAAAAUGCAUUCGAAGUGAAAUGCAUUAGGAGUUGGAAUAAUAUUGACACCUGUAGGUUCUUUCCUCCUAGGUACCUUCUGAAUAUUUUUAGUUGACGCCUAGACCACAUAAACUGGGUUUCCAUCGAAACGUGAAGCGAAUCUUUUCAAAAUUCGCUUAAAAAAUGAAAACAAAUACAAAUUAUGUGCGUUUCCAUCAAGUUGUUUGAACGAAUAACGGUUGGUAUUGGUAACCAACUGUAAACAAAACAAGGCUCGCUUAGAAAAUGAAGACAGGACUGCAUUUAGUUACGAUUUAGUAAGUUAUAAAUUUACUAGCAGUAAAGCUUAUAUGCUGUGCACAGAAAAAAGAAAUCCAGAAUUUUUGAUGCUGGCACUUGCAGCUUUCCCAUAUAUGGGAAAGACAACGUCACGUGGGUUUAAUGUUUGCUACAUCAGAAUUUAUUCGGCAAAUGCGUUUCCAUCUCCCAUUAUUCACAUUUACUCUUACUUGUUUUUUUUUUUGUAUAAGUCAAAAACCUACCGAAAAAAUCUAAAGUUUAGUUUUGCGUGCGCAUGUGAUGCCAAACUUUAUUUAAUUUUUGCUCCAUGUCCCCUUAGGGGCUCUGUAAUACCAACCUCAAGCAGGCGCAAAAACUUUAUUGCAAAUUACGGGAUUUUUAAUCCUAAAUUUGGCGUUUACAUCACUUGUUUUUUUAUUUGAUACUUCAAAAUGCGCAAAAAAUCAGUGAUGGCUUUGCAAAUUAAGGGAUUUUUAAUCCUAAAUUUGGCGUUUACAUCACUCGUUUUUUAUUUGAUACUUCAAAAUGCGCAAAAAAUCAGUGAUGGAAAGCCAGCUAUAGACUUUUGUGGACCAAUUAUGUGCUAUUGCGUAGUUAUUUAAAAGUUGACCGAUAACUAUAUAUAUGUGGUGCUGUUUAUGAAAUUGCAAUUGUUUUAUUUUGUUCUCCACAUUUUAUUUUAAUUUCUGCCUAAAUAAUUAUUUAACAGAUCUGCUGUAAAAGUUUCUAUAACUUGAAUUUUCUGUGAUUCAUUUUAGUGCUGUACUUUGCCUCCUAUGAGGUUAAACGGUUUUUUUCCUAAAAUUGAAUGAAGGUGAAUUUACCUUAAAACCCAUAAAUCUGUUUUUAAUCUCCCGAAAAGUAAGUCGGCACACUGUUAAAAAAAUUCUCCUAGAUCAAAAUCCUGUGUGAAAGAUGAUGAUGAUAAAUAAACAUAAUUUAAAAUAUCGCUUGAAGUUUUUACUUGAAUGAUUCCUAGAGUAAGUUAAAUAUAUAACACUAAAGAUUGAUAAACAAAAAGUUGUCACUGUAACAAAAGUGUUUUACUGUUUGUGUCAAUGGCUUUAACUAAUGGGCUUGUGUGACUUUUGUUUCUUUACAUUUUACGCUAUGCAUACCUGAAGCUCUCCUAAAUAAAUACGAAACCUAUCCAGAAACUCA